GUGGUCAGAGUUGAGGCUGGCGCUGUGUGAGCAAAUCCCUGUCUCGGCGGCAUGGCUCUCAUCUAACCGGACACGACCGCCACUGAGAUGAAGCAUCAUGCUUGUCACGUCCAUCUCGAUAACCGAGUCCUCUACCGCUACGCCCACGGACUCGCCGCUGUCAACACCUAUCCAUAUCCACACAAACAAGUCCAUCAUCAUGGUCGUGGCUGUGGUGACGUGUGGCUGAUGAUCCAGCCCAGUCGAUGCCUCAGCCAUGGUUCGCCUCAAUGCGCUUUCUCCGCCCCGGCCCCAGACUACAACACGCGCCUGCUCGAUUGCUCGCCUCCUAUAAGCCCAGCACUCACAAGUACCCCGCGCCCUAUCCCCUCCAACCACGCCCUAAUCACUCGACUGCUUUCUCGCGUUUCACCAUCUACACCAUGGCCCUCUUACUAACUCUCUUGUCCACCAAACACGCCUGUGCAGAGCGGAAUACGACACUCGAACCCUGCGUUUGCUGACAUGUCAACUCUGCCUUCGUCACCACCCACCAUCCCCGCGCACUACAACACGACGGUCCUAUCUCCAACCCACUUUUGCUAGGAACAUGCCUCUACGCAACCCUCCGGCACA